AUGUCGUGGAACGCCGUUAAAAUAUCUAGAAUCUUAAGAAAGUUACUGACUGUAUCUACGCUACGAAUAUUGGAUCUCAGCAACAAUAGAAUCUCAAGGCAAGGAGUAACAGCUAUCGCAAAUAACCUUGAAUCAGCAGUUAGUCUACACACUUUAGAUUUAUCCAACAAUCCAAUAACAUCCCGUGAUGCUUUUUUGCUUCUCAGCAAAUUACGAACAAAGUCUAUUUCACUCGUCAACUUAAUUAUGGAUAAUAUAGAAGUGAAUAGAGAGUUUGUGAAGGAGCGUGCUAGGAUUCUGGCUCUGAAAUAUCGCCGUAAUUGCAAAAUAACUUAUGGACCUGUGCGUCACGACUAUGUACUGUCAACUCCUGAUUUGCGAGAGAUUCUACUGAAACGAUUUGACUACCUCACCUCCAAAGGCUCGAAAAAACAUCAAUUAGAUAUAGGACUAUAUUUCCUAGAGAAAAAAGAGUUGGAAAAUUUUAUUCAACCACGUCAAGUACAGCGUGAUAUGAAAAUAGCUGGGGUUUCAGUAGACAACGAACUCAUUGAAGGUGUGCUUGACAUGUUUCCUGGUCCGAAAUUGGAGAAAGGAGGAAAAACAAUGGAUUUAGUAGGUAUAGUAGAAAUAGUGAUGCGUUUGUGGCCUGAAAAAAAAUUACCACCAAAACCAGAACCUGAACCGGAAGAACAGAAGGUUGUAAAGGGACAGAAAGGGAAAAAGAAAAAGAAGAAGAAGUAA